ACGCACUGUUUGUGUUGAAAGAAGGUGGGAUUUCUAUGUGGUAGCAUAUUUGGAUGAACUCGUGCACCUGCUUUCAUGCUUUUUCUAGGUUAUUGCACGCAAAACGUUUAUUUCUGACCACCUGCCUCAUCUGAAUUAAACUCUUGAGUUCUGUAGCCAGAAGUGUGCGCGGUGCUUAGCCGGUACUAACUAGGAUGUGGUGAUCCGUCGGUUGCAAUGAGACAGCAUCUUUGCCAGUGACACAUCAUUAUCAUUCAUAGGACAUAUAACAAGACACCAGACAUGUCGGAUAAAAGCGACCUGAAAGCAGAGUUGGAGCGCAAGAAGCAGCGCCUCGCCCAGAUCAGAGAGGAGAAGAAACGUAAGGAGGAGGAGAGGAAGAAGAAAGAGGUGAGAAAGAGAACUGAGACCCAGCAGAAAGCAGAGGCUGCCCCAGAGGACUCUGACCUGGACCGUAAGCGGAGGGAGACGGAGGCCCUGCUCCAGAGCAUUGGUAUCUCCCCUGAGCCUCCGCUAGUCCAGCCACUGCAGCCGUUAAUGUUGGAUUCCUGUUAUUUUCAUUACUUAGUCCCGAACCCCAUGUCCCCCUCCAAGUCAGUGAGCACGCCCAGCGAGACAGGAAGUCAGGACUCGACCGACGGGGCUGCGGCGGGCAGGUACAGGUCAGGCCAGUCUGCCGUUAGUAAGCUACAGUCACAGGCUGACAGGACGCUGCAGUGGGACACGGACCCCUCAGUCCUGCAGCUGCAGGCAGACUCAGAGCUCGGCCGCAGGAUGCUCAGACUGGGAGCGUCUAAGAUCGUCCAGGUGGACUUCCUGCCCAGAGAGGUGGUGUCCUACUGCAAGGACACUCAGACACCCAUCACAGCACACCUGUCUGACGCAGAGGAGGAAGAGGAGGAUGAAGAGGCGGCGGAGAUGAAGGCCGGGCUGGAGCUUGCGCUGCCCCAGCAGGAGGAGGACACCCAGGAGACCAGGCAGGGUCCCAGGGAAUUGACAGAAGAGGAGAAGCAGCAGCUGUUGCUCUCGUCAGAGUUCCUGAGCUUCCUGGACGGCAGCAGCAGGGUGAUGGAACGAGCGCUGGCCGAGGACGCCAACAUCUUCUUCGACUACAGCGGCAGAGACCUGGAGGACACGGAGGGGGACAUGCAGGGAGGGUCCAGCCUGUCUCUGAGCAGACUGUUCUACGACGAGCACUGGUCCAAACACCGAGUCAUUACCUGUCUUGACUGGUCCCCACAGUACCAGGAGCUCUUGGUGGCCUCUUACAACAACAACGAGGAUGCCCCUCAUGAACCCGAUGGCGUGGCGCUGGUCUGGAACAUGAAGUUCAAGAAGAGCACUCCAGAGUUCAUCUUCCACUGCCAGUCUCCUGUGGUAUCUGUGGGCUUUGCCAGGUUCCACCCCAACCUGCUGGUGGGGGGCACCUAUUCGGGUCAGAUCGUCCUCUGGGACAACCGCAGCCACCGCCGGACCCCCGUCCAGAGGACGCCCCUGUCUGCUGCCGCCCACACUCACCCCGUGUACUGUGUGAACGUGGUCGGCACCCAAAACGCCAACAACCUGAUCACCGUGUCGACGGAUGGGAAGAUGUGUUCCUGGAAUCUGGAUAUGCUGUCCCAGCCUCAGGAGAGCAUGGAGCUGGUAUAUAACAAGUCCAAGCCGGUAGCUGUGACCGGCUUGGCGUUCCCCACCGGGGACGUGAAUAACUAUGUCGUGGGGAGCGAGGAGGGCACCGUGUACACAGCCUGCAGACACGGCAGCAGGGCAGGGAUCUGCGAGGUGUUUGAGGGUCACCAGGGCCCGGUCACAGGGCUGAGCUGUCACAGCGCUCUGGGACCAGUAGACUUCUCUCACCUGUUCACCUCCUCCUCCUUCGACUGGACCGUCAAACUCUGGAGCACCAAGCACAACAGGCCUCUCUACUCGUUUGAGGACAACUCUGACUAUGUGUAUGAUGUCAUGUGGUCUCCAGUCCACCCCGCCCUGUUUGCCUCCGUGGACGGUAUGGGCCGCCUGGACCUGUGGAACCUCAACAACGACACAGAGGUGCCCACAGCGAGCGUGACCAUCGAAGGAGCGUCGGCCCUCAACCGGGUCCGCUGGUCAGCGGGUGGGAAGGAGGUGGCCGUGGGCGACUCGGAGGGGCGUGUCUGGGUCUACGAUGCUGGAGAGCUGGCAGUGCCCCAUAGCGAGGACUGGGCACGCUUCGCCCGCACGCUGGCCGAGAUCCACGCCAACCGAGCCGAUGGCGAGGAGGAGGGGCCUGGGGAGCUGGCGGCAUAGGAUUGGCUGGAUCAAGAUCAGCUGGCGCACCAAUCACCAUCAGGUACAGUGGAUCCCAGCCCAUCAGAAGUCUCCCCACGUUGGUUGUGUUGUGUGAAUAUCGAGGCUCCUGCCUCUCCAUGUCCCCAGUUUAAGACUUCAUCAUGAUGCUGCAGUGAGCUCAUGGACUGUUCUGACUCACACGGUGUAUUUAAGGAUUCCAUGUCGCUGUAUGCUCUGGCAAGAAUGUGCUUUCUUGUAACUGUAAAUCCUAUGUUUAUGAUUCUCAUGAGACUUGUAUUAAUACGUUUAUGCAUUUAUUUAUUUAUUUGAGGUAUUUAAUGAGGGUGUGUUAAGAUACAUGAUCUUUCGUGAGCAGGGUCCGUGGAAUGCCUUAUUCAGCUCCUCUUGAUUGUGUCAUUUCUCUUCAACUGUGUGUGCAUGCAACACAUUCGGGACAAGAUACUGGAUGUAAGCGACAGUCGUCUUGCAUACUGUACUUAAUUGUGUGGUGUGUUGCAUCAGCUUCACACCUGUAACAGUGGCAGUGAGGUGGUGUUGCAGGUGGUGUUGCAGGUGGUGUUGUGGGAGCCACAUAUGGCUGUUUAAGUGAUGUCUGCUUUGUCAAAUAUACUGUAAUUACUGAAAGAAAGUAUUUAUCGUUUGUCACUAAAGUAGAUUUGAUGAUGCUGUUUAUCUUAAAUGUACAUGAGUUGCUAUGCGUCGUCAUAGUGUUAGUAAGCUGUGAGGCCUGGUGAAGGUGGUGAGAUCUCCCGUUCUCAGUACAUUCCUUCCUGCGUCCCCUUGCUCAGUGAGUCCCCUCCUGCUUUCAGUCCUGUAUUAACACACUGCAGCAACUAAGGUACAUUCUAGACCAGGGGCCUCCGACCCUGUUCCUGGACAGCUAUCUGCCUGUACGUUUUUUUCUUCAGCCACACUUAUUUGACCUGAUUCAACACUAGUUACCUGAUCAACUAGAUAAUUAUUAGAAUCAGGUGUGCCAGAUUAGCAGUGAAUUAUCCAGGACCAGGGUUCGAGACGCCUGUUUUAGACGGUGUUGCCAUAUUGUAAUCCAGUGCUUGCUGUUCUUCUGACAUAUUCACUAUUAAACCAGAACAAAUC